GUGCAUAACACGUGGGGCAGGUAGGAUCUAGAGUAGAAGGAAUGGAACACAUGGUGGUCCCUGCAUCUUUACUACUCCAAACUGCUGAACCUACAUACAGUAUGUGCCUUCUUCCUGAAGUUUUUAAGAGGGAGAAAAUGAUAGAGGGUCUGGCCUUGGUGCGGUCUCUGGCCAUUUUCCAUUCUGAUGUUCUUCUGGAGAGACUUCAUGACCUCAGCGUUGCACUGAUACAAGAGGUGAAGAACUUGCGUUCCAGUGUUUCCCGGGCAGCAAUUGACUGUUUAGGAGACAUGUUCAUGCACCUGAAGAAGAACAUGGACAACGAACUGGACAACUGUGCACGCGUACUCCUUUCCAAGGCAGGAGAAUCAAAUCUCUUCAUGCGGGAAGAUGUGGACAAGGCACUUGAUGCGAUGGCACAGAAUGUGACGCCGGUACGGGCUCUCACCUCCCUCAUAAACGGAGGGCUCAGCCACCUGAACACCGCAGUAAAAAAAUGUACGGCACAGCACAUGUGUGAUCUGGUGGAGAGGACGGGACCAUGGCGGAAUCUGUCUGGAAAACAGGACAUCACAGAUAAGACUCUUCCUGCUAUAAUAACAUUUGCAGAGGAUAAUUCUCAGGAAACCAGAUUCUAUGGCUGAAAGAUGCUUCACUAUCUGAUGUCCCAUCCGGACUGAAAAAAUUCUGGAGAAAUAUGUCCCAAGCAAGGAUUUGCCUUAUAUAAAGGAAAUAAUUAGACAUAUCCAAGUCAAGGCAAGAUAAAGUGGUCCUCUGUAGUGACUUACAGAAAGAGACUUGCGUGCUUGAUUGAAAUACAUGUGUGUAGAAAAGUCUGUGCACACAGGCGCUAAUGUCUUUCCAUCGCUCCUCUGCUGUGUUUUUGUCUGAUAAUUUGAGGAUAGAAAGAAUCUUAGAAUGAAAUCACUGAUCUUUAUAGAGA